UUGAUUCUUUGCUUCUUGUCCUGUUUUAAUAGAUAUCAUCUGUGUUUGAACCUGACAAUUAGUGUAAGCAAAUCUGAACAAUGAGAAGGGCCGAUACCAUAAAAAACAUUUAUAAACCACAAGAAGAAGCCUAACAUUUUUUAUUUGAACCGACCUUUUCUUUUGAAUUGUUUUGUAAUCAUAGGCGACGGCUGUUUACGACCCCCGUCCCUUUGGAAGCAGCUGUUGCCAUGUGGUAAGCCAGGGAAGGUCCAAAUAAAAGAAGGAGGCGUGCAACCUUUUGGCGGAGCCUGAUGACACUGUACAAGGGUACAGAUGUACACGUUUCUCCUCACUGAGCCAAAUUGAAUUAUGUCUCUGUUUGAUUUUUUGCUUCUUGUCCUGUUUUAACAGAUAUCAUCAGUGUUUGAACCUGACAAUUAGUGUAAGCAAAUCUGAACGAUAAGAAGGGCCGAUACCAUAAAAAACAUUUAUAAACCACAAGAAGAAGCUUAAAAUUGAUCCUGGAACAUACAGGGAGCCAAUGCCCAGAUUUUAAAACUGGUGUAAUGUGAGCCCGCCUUCUGAGAUGAGUUGUGUGCUCGUCCUGGUGUGCGACGAGAGAUGAGUUGUGUAGUCGUCCUGGUGUGCGAUGUGAGAUGAGUUGUGUGACACGAGCUGGAGGCCAGUGGGACACACGCGGUGUCAAACUGCGCUCCAUAAUUAUUGAUGAUUAUAGGUCAUGCGCAUGGAAAGUAUGGCGAGUGGACUUUGCCUCAGGCCGCUGCCUCGCUGGAAAGACAAAAGAGGCUCGGUGCCAAAACCCUGACAUGCUCUUCAUUCCUCGCAUCCAACACCAGCGACCUUCAUUCCUCGCCAACCAAAGAGCGAGAUAUCAGGAUCGCGGCCGGUAUCGUCCCCGAGUCAGCAGCCUGUGUGAGCCGCCAUGGCGCUGCGUCUGCUGCCCGCCAUCAUCACGGACAACGACGAGGACGACGACGGCAACUUCACCAAGUGGAUGAGCAGCUACUGGGGGCACGGCGCCGAGGGCGGACGGCCCCGGGACAGGAAACACAGCUUUCGAAGACCGGCAAGGACCAAAGUGGACCGAAGGGCAUCGCUUCCCACCGUGUCCCAAUUAGACGCCAUGAAGCUGAAGCGGCUGCACGCCAACGCCAUGGCGCCGGCGCCCGUCCACGGGCAGAAGAGGGAGGAGAAGGGCGAGGUGCGAGGUCAUCAGAGAGCUCGCAGGGCUUCCUCCGACGACAGCGGGCGCCACAAGUCUGCCACGACAGAGAAGCGCAUCAGCACCAUUCCGGAACUCACCGAAUCCCUGGAGAAGAGACUCUCUCUGCAGGACAAACACACAAUGGUGGUGGUCGGUCGAAGGUCGGAGCAGUGCCGAGCACCAAGCGGCAGCGAGGCGGCGGUGGCGGCGGCCUGUCUGGUGCGGCGACUGCUGAGCGGCAGGCGGAGGUCGGCGGACGAGCCCGUGACGGCGAUGGAGGGGCAGCACACUUUCCGCCGUCAGCUGUCCCUGCGGAGACACCGCUGAUGUCUCCUGUGGGCGGAGACACCGCUGAUGUCUCCUGUGGGCGGAGAUAACGCUGAUGUCUCCUAUGGGCGAAAUAUUUACACUCUCUUUUGUUAGCUAACUUUUUGUUGUUGUUUUUUUUCAUUCGGUGUUGUUUAACAAUGUGUGUAAGAUUUAGUGCUCAUAAUGUGUGUUCUUAAA